UCCCCACCAGAUGCCCGAUCAUGGUCCUAGUCCUGGGACUUUUGCUGCUGCUCGCAGGGACUGGAGGGAACCUGGACGUUCUUCUGGAAGGACGCCCUGGAGAUCGGGUGAGUAUUUCUUGCACUGGGAUCUCUCAGGCGACCCGCUGGGUUUGGGCUCCUACCUACCCAGGCUGUAUAGGCUUGUCUCCGGGUCGCCGCCCGGUGGUCUGGGCCUCCCCCCCAGCAAAUCUCACCCGAGCUUCCACCUCGCGCUUUGCUGGUCGUCUGCGUGUGGUGAGCCCCAGUGGCAUUCAGCAGCUGGAGCUGCUCCUCGCUAGAGGAGACUCGGGGACCUUCUUCUGUUUGGGAACUGGCGGCCGCCAGGGCAAUGAGAGUCGGACCUGCCUCACAGUGCUGGGGGACAAGGCUGCUUGCAGAGCCUCCAGGCCCACCUCGGGAUCCUCGUACCCUCUGUUCCUGUACCCUCUGCUGGGCAUCGGGUUGGCUUUGGGGCUGACAGGGCUGGGGAUGGCUUGGAGACUUCGUCAGAAACUCCCUUCCGGGCUAGUCAGAACCAACCCAGCACGUGGUGAGAAUAGCUCCUCUCCCCAGCUCCAUUCUGUGACUGGACAUGUGCCCUCUUCCCAUCCCUCAGCUCUGCACCCGUUCCCCAAAACAAAAGAUCCAUCUAUGGACACUGAGAUCCAGAGUCGAUGGAAAAAAGAGACUCGGGAAACAGAGAACUUGGAGGAUGAAAAGAGCCUUCUCUACGCUGAUCUGGAGCACAUUCCUCUCAGAAAUCCUAAAAACACCAUCCCCAAGGACACCGGCACCAUCUAUGCUAUAGUGGUUUGAAAAGAGCUUAUCCCAUAGCUUGCA